UUUGAGUUGCCUACUUCAGCAGUCCAGCAAUUGUCCCAGGUAACAUGCAAAAAAGUUCAGACUCUUCGGCCAUAGUUACUUGCUUACCAGGUUUUGGUGUAAAAUGUUGGUUUUAAGCAUGAAUUCCAAAAGACAAAGGCGGCCUAAUGUUAGGUUGGGAGAGAUAGGAGAUGCAUCUGCUGCUGUUGCAUGUGGGUUUUCUCAGAACACUAGGGAAAAUUUGGUUAAAAAAAGAUGGAAACCUGAUUUUCCCAACUCUCAUGAACAUAUAUUUGAUACUACGGUUGAGUUUUCUAAAGAGAAGUCUUCAGAUUUCUUGAAUUCCUACCCCGGGAUUUCGCCGCGUAUAUCGUCCGAUUUGCAGCAGAACAGAGAAAAUAAGAAUCCCAAUUCGUCAAAAUUGGGUUUUGAUUUGGUUACCGCUGAUGAAAUCGACAUGAUGAAGGCUACUGUAAGUUUUGGCACCGUAACCAGGAAGAGUAGGGUCAUGAAGCGGAGAGGGUGGAGCCAGGAAGGCAAUAAUUCCGUGUUUCUUCGCCGGGCUUGGACUCAGAGUUCUAAAGUUAACCCUGAAUUUAGUAGUGAGGAUCAGAAGGAUUAUGGUGAGGAGAAACAAUUUAUGGGAAUCGAAUCAAAUGCUUGUGUGGAUCAUUACCUGGUUAAUGAUUUUCAGGACAUAUCGGAUCAUGAUGCACAGGCUACCAGCAAAGAUGCUUGUGAAUACAAUGGCGAUGAACCCGGUUAUGAUAGUUGGCAACAAGGAAAUGCUGACGAUUGUUGGAAGGAUGCUUGUUGUCAAGGAGAUAAUGUGCUUCUUAGAUCUAGUGACGAAUGGGACAGAACAGGACACAAGUGUAACGAUGUAACUAGUGUCAAAAGAUGGUUGGAGGACCUGGGUUUUGGUAGGUAUGCCGGUAUUUUCGAGAUGCACGAGGUUGAUGAGGAAGCCUUACCUAUUCUUACUCUAGAUGAUCUCAAGGAGAUGGGUGUAUUUGCCGUCGGACAUCGACGGAAAUUGUACACUGCAAUACAACAACUAAGAGGAAGCGAUGUUUCUUCCUAAAAACUCUGAAUAAAUUGUAGAUAGCCCUUUUCUCUUUAGUACUUCACCUCUUUCCUGCAGGAAAAAAAAGUGUCAAGACAUGUAUGUAACCUCUCAAAGUUUCUGACAUGGUUUUUUCCUGGCUGUCAAUGAAAUAAGCCGUACUGGGUCAUACUUUUGUAUGUCUUGUGCGUUUCUUGUCACUGGCAAAUAUUAACUAUGUAUGUACAUUAUGUGAACUUAACGGUUGCUUUUGUUUCUGUUAAGUAACGACAAUUUUGGGUCUAAAUUAGAAUGCAAGUUACAUGAAAAUCUUAAUG